UCCAGGUCAUUCGGUCGAGGACGGGGAAUACAAGACUAGGCCUCUGAGCGAACCUUGGCAACGGAGGGUCAACAACCUAUUGACUAUUGAUACCAUGUCAAGGGAAUUAACGUCAACCGCGUGUGGAAUGGACAGCAUUGUAUUCGACGUGUGGGUAGAACAUGUACUGCCCUUGUUGUCCAUCCGGGACAUCUUUCGGCUGUGUGGAACCUCCAGGCAGGUUCCGUCGCUGCUGUUCUGGGAACACACGUUUAGACAUCUAUGUCGGCAACGCUAUCAACUCAGUCCUGCUUUGGACGUGUCAUAUAUAGACGUUGCCAGAAACCUGGAAAUUGUCACCGGUGUGGCUGGCCUGUAUCAUAGCCGGUGCAUCGAUACCAUGCAUUGCAUUUACGGCAGCGAUGUGGAUGUUGGUUUGGUCGGCAGAGAAAAGAAGCAGUCGAUUAUCACACUGUCGUGCCUAGAGUUGAUGCUGCCAGCACAGUCGAGUCAUACCACGAGCUGGGACAGCGCUGGCCUGUUCAAGUCACUCGCCGAACGCCAUUUACUACAUGCACAAGAAGAUCGAGAGUUCCUACCAAACCUUUUGCUGAGGGAAAUCGACCGAAACGUUAAGUCGACCAAAGACUUGAGUUCCCUUUGCUUUGAACCAUUGCAGUACCUGUUUAGAGAUGUGGCAGAUUUGUUCAAGCGUUUCGCAUCGAAGAAAUCGCGUCAAGCAGUGAUUAUCAACUCGAUGGAACCACUUGUUUCAAGGAUGACCAAAUACAUACCUUACUUUAACCGCUCGCGGAGGCUUAUGAAAAUUGCGCAUUCCCUGCACAAUUUAGCCCAGAAAGACAGAAAAUUGUUAUCAGCUCUGGAACUUGAAGAUCUCAACGCAUUUCCCCUUAUCGACGAUGAUGAUGAGUGGACGGACUCGUAUAACCCUUACUACCAUUGUGAUAUCAACUAUUACGACAAUUAUGAUCUGGGCGAAGAUAUGGAUAUGUCCCGAACAUUGGUCGACAUGGCCGCCAAGCUCUCAGAAAAGCACUCAGUUCUGAAGCUGCUGAUAAUGGGUAGGCUUAAGACAUUGAAUCCCGAGAAUUACUUCAUGGCUCUCAACGAAUAUGAAGAAUUCUGGAAGAGUUUGGCUAAGUCAAGUCGCCCCAGUCGUAAAGUUCUAUGCAGCGGCUUGGGAAGCCAUCUACUUUCAUCAAUAUCAGGAUCGCCUGAUCAGAAGCUAUGGACAAUACCGGAGCUAGUGAACGCCAUGAAGAAUUUUGGAAAAAACUAGUUUUCUUUGCGGCCAGAAAAGCUACCGCUUUCAGAGAAGCAAAGAAGACCAGAAUGUGUGCAAGAAGACGAAAAGAAAGAAGACGAAGAACGCGAAGAAUAGUCCGAUUAUCAUCUAAACAGCGCCCCGUGUCAACAACCGAUUCCCAUGGCGAUCACACCGACACACACGCGCACGCAGACACACCAAGACACGUAUACACAUGGAGGUACAUUUGACACCCCACAUUACAUUGUAUAUUGCAAUGUUAUGCAUCUCGAACUUCGUGAUUGUAUACCUCCUUAUUUUGAUAGUCCACUUCACCCGCCCUUGUUAACACUAACAGUGUUAGUCACGGCUAGUUGUUACCGUUUCAAGUAUUCAAUGAUGAUGAUGAUUGACUAGAUCCUUCUUAUCCUCUGUUCAGGUGAUUCUACUCUCUCAUGCAUUCAGUGUUAUAAUUACUAUCCAGCUCUGUCCGACUUGUGUUCAGUUGCCUGCAUGCUCCAGUUUGUGUUUGUCUAGGAUCUGCUGUGUGCGUUUCAUCUCUCUGUUAUGUCUGUAGUGAUCUUGUGUCUUGGUGCCUGAGGCGCGCUUGCUGUCACGCAUUCAUGUAUUCAUGCUCUGAUGUCUAGACUUUCACUUGCGCGUGCGCUGCGUGCGUGUGCCGGCUCUUUUCCCGUGUAUCUAUGCAUUAUGUUGCUACACUACAGUUCCGGCUUAUAGUUCCGUUUUGAGUCGGACUUUUGACUUUAGUUUUCUCAGCUGUUGCUGUUGUGCUUUUAGUUGUUUUCAAGUCAGAUUCCUUUUUCCUUCUCUGUUGUUGCUCAUGAUUAUCAAGACUGUAAAAGUAUGGAAGUAAGACAAUAACUCCAGUGUGAGUUUAUGAGCUAUUGUUGGUAGUUUGGGUGCUUGCAUCCAAACAUCUGGUCCUUCGAGCCGGAUCAGUGGAUCCGAAUCGGUUCGAGAGUUGUCAUUUCGUAGAUCUACCAGUGCAGUGAUUAGAGAAA